UGCAUACCUGGCCAGGAAGGAUUUUUUUUGUGAUUCAUGUUCCAAUAAGAAGCACAAAUCUACUUCUUUCUAACAUGUGAACCACAUAACAUUUGAUUUUAUUUUUUUUUAUUUCCCCCAUCAUAAUAAUUAGUAUUUCAUGUAUAGUAAAUAUUUUGGGUUGGCUAUCGAGCAGCGCCUCCUUGUGUGCUGUACAUCUUUCUUCCGACACGCUUUGACCCCCUGGGGCGCCAAGACAGCAAGUGCACCAGCCUGGGAAAGGGAAGGGUACGGCUGGUGGACCGGGAUUAGCGGAUACUCUGAUAACCGGAUAAACGGAAGGACUCAGAAGUCCGGCCUGGAAGACCUGUUGAAGUCCCUUAAGUACGUCCUUGAACACAUGGGUGGGGAGGACAAGGUGCUACAGUCAACUUGAAUUCCCAGGAGCCUUUUUAAGGAUAAGCAGCCUCUAUUUGUUGAAAACAGGCACAGAUUAAGAGGGAAGAACAUAGUCUGGACAAAAAUAGAGUAUUAGGCAUUAGACAAAAGACUGGAAAGAGUGGGUCAGCAUGACUGCUCACUUCUGUUCACAGGUGGACUUCACCAGUGGGAGCCUGCAGGGAUCUUCACCCCUCAGCACACCCACGAGCACUUUCUCCUGUCAUGCACAAAAUUUUGGCAAGUUAAAACCUGAGCUUAAAAAAGAUAGGUGUUUUGCAGACCAUCCAGCUUCGGUGGUACUUGAUUUACUGAAAUCUCUCCUGGCUGGGUAGAGACUUGCCCUAAAGAUUCCCACACUUUUGAAGUUUCCUGGAGUGCUGUGGCCCCAACCUGAGCAGGAUGGACCCCGUUGUUCUCAGUUACAUGGACAGUCUGCUGAGGCAGUCGGACAUUGCCUUGCUGGAGCCCCCAAACUGGCUUAACGAUCACAUCAUCGGGUUUGCCUUCGAGUACUUUGCCAACCACCAGUUCCAAGAAUUUAGCGAUCAGGUUUGUUUUAUCAGCCCUGAAGUGGCUCAGUUCAUUAAAUGUGCCCUUAGUCAGGAAGAAAUAGCCAUAUUCCUUCAACCUCUGGACCUUCUCCACAAGAAGCUAGUGUUCUUGCCUGUCAACGAUAACUCCAACCAGGUUGCUGGGGGCACCCACUGGAGCUUGCUGGCUUAUUUCAGGGACAAAAAGUGCUUCGCCCAUUACGAUUCCCACAGCAAAUGCAACUCUGUCCAUGCCAAGCAAGUGGCAGGGAAGCUGGAGGCCUUCUUGGGCAAAAGAGAGGGCAAAGCAACCUUUGUGGAGGAGAAGGCACCUGCCCAGCAGAACAGCUAUGACUGUGGGAUGUACGUGAUCUGCAACGCAGAGGCUCUGUGUCAGGGAUACCUCAGGGGCCGGCCGGAGCCUUUGCUGCAGCUCCUUACCCCCUCCUACAUCACACAGAAGAGAUCGGAGUGGAAAGCUCUCAUCAACAAACUGGCACAGAAGUGACUGAGAUGCAGCUCCAGCCCCACCCCCCUCAAAAAAAUUGCCUUCCCCGUCCUCAAGGCAGCACCCCCAGUGCCUGAGGGAGAUGCCCAUGCGCAGGAUUGUCCCAAAGAAGAAGAAUGUAACCCCUCCAGCAUGGCUACACCCCCCAAACACCCUGUUCCCUCCUGAAAAAGCCUUAGUCCCUUCUGGAAAUCACUGGCCUUUGAACUUCUAAUGAGAAAAGUCACUUUGCUUUCAAAGACAUUUUCCUCUCGAUGGUGAAUUUUUACGCUAAUUGCUGAGGCAAAAUGGGCUGCUGAAGAGCCUUCUCUGCCUUUGCCCAGCAGGCAACACACCUUUGUUAGGCGGCUUUAAUUGGCUAUAGGCAUUGCUGUUCCAAGCCAGGUUUAGCAAAAGCCCUUUAAAACCAAGCCCCUAAAUGCUUUAUUAUGGCUAUUUCUAAUUUGUGCCUCCCGCUAGUGGUAUUUGAGCAGUCUAAGAUUUAGCAGCAAGGAUUUUUUACCCCUCAAAAUCUUAACACUGAGAUGUCGAUGUCAAAAGAUGAGACUCCAAAGGAAAUGCUACAAUUAAUUAAAGAAUGGAGCAAAACCAAAAUCAGUUUUCUUCAGAUAGGUACUCCUAGGCUGUACAGCAAUAGCUUUUUCUUUUGUCCCCCACCUUUGCUUGUUCUUAAUACAAAUGAAAACCUGACUCUGAACUGCUGGAAAAUUAAUAGGAAGCUGAGAAACCCAAUCCUAGGAAAGGAAACUUAAUUGAGAUGAAAAGCAACACUCACUCUUUGAAGUUUGGUUUUUUUCAUUACAAUUUUAGGUCAUCUACAUUCAGGGAGGGCUCACCAGUGCUCCCCAACCCUCGUUAGCAUUCGCUGCAGCUGGAGCAUAAGAGGCAGUUGCUGCUUCCUCUAGCACAAAACCAGUUCUGUUACCCGAGAUAAAAAAAAAAAAAAACCCACACAUCAGGGAGAACAAAAGGACAGAGUUUGAGGUACAAAAGCCAAAGAUAACUGUGGUCUCCUUGAAGCCCAAAAAGUCCUUAAUACACCUCUAAUUGAACAUGUUUCCUCCUGUGCUGGAUGCUGGCUGGGAUCUCAGAGCAGAUCCUCUCGUUAAAAGACAAGCUUAGCAGUGGGGAAAAUAAAAAUUAAAAUGAGAUGUCGUUGCAGAAUAAGGAGUAACCUCUAACCUCGUGAGGAGCAAAGAGCAGGUUGCUCAGGUGGUGACUAGCAGGGCAGCCACACCCCAGCGCGCCAGCUGGAUCAGGGAGGGAAAUCCAGGUUAAAUAUAACCCUUGGAAAAGAAAAGAAAAGGGGGAAGGAUUAUUUUGAACCUGGAGCUCUUCACCCGUGGUAUUGCCAGCCCAGCCCUACCGGGGUGUGUGUGCACUGGCACAGCACCGUGGCGAUGAACUGUAGGAAAGGCUUAAACUUCCCCUGUUGCCAAGAGAAGGAGCCACAGCCCAGGCUCUUCACAAACACCUGAGCGAACACGCAGGGGCCGCGGUGGGGCAAGGCAAGGGUCGAGGCCUUCCCCUCCUUGCUGUGCUGCCAGCGGGCUGGGGCCUCCCUGGAGGACCCUCUCCCUGCAGGACCCUUCCACUGCUCGGGUUGAGCUGAAAGCCCCAGAGAUGGCUGAGCCGGGAUCGGGCCGCUUGCUGCAGGGAUUCACUUUGGACUCCGUGGGGCUUUGCUGGAGCAACAUCACUGCCACUCCCGGGUCCAGAAUAAAACUGAAACCAAACC